AAAUAGCCUGACAGCUUGUGACCGCCUGCCGCGUAUCAUCGUUAAUCAGCAUGAACAUUGCCCGUGGCUCAAAGCUGUGAGCUGUCAUGUGGUUGAGCAAUUUCCAAUCUGUUUGAUUAGAAUUAUAUUAUAUUAUACUUGACGUGGCUAAUCGCGUGAAGUGUUGCCUGUGAUAAUACAUAGUAGAUUUGUUGAAAGUUGAGGAUGCAAUGCCAGCGCGUAGACGACGAGGUGGCUCCGAACACGAAAUUGAUCCAAUGAUCACAACCUCCAACAGUGCAUAUCAAAAUCGCGAUUUUGGACAUCAAUACCACAAUGAUAGAGUUGUUUCUCAACAACUAGAUAUCAACAAUAAACAGCAAGAAGCUAACUUAGUUACAAUGACUUCACGAGACAGGACCAAAGAGUUUGCAAAUGCGAUUCGCACGAUGCAGGGAAGGACAGUGGCGCGAGCUGCUGUUAUGAGAGAUCCUAGACAGGCUCGUCAGAUACAGAGUUAUUCCAAUUUUAUGAUGAUCGCUAAGAACAUUGGAAAGAAUAUCGCUAGCACUUACACAAAAUUGGAAAAACUUGCGUUGCUGGCAAAGAAGAAAUCAUUGUUUGACGAUAGACCAUCAGAAAUUCAAGAAUUGACUUACAUCAUAAAGGGGGAUUUGAAUAGUUUAAAUCAGCAAAUAGCAAAAUUGCAAGAAGUAGGUAGACAACAGCGGGAGAGUCUUGGGGCGACGCGUGGCCAUCACCUAGCUUCUCACUCCUCUUCUGUAGUUGUCGCUCUGCAAUCAAAAUUAGCCAACAUGUCUAACCAUUUCAAAAACGUUCUUGAAGUGAGGACAGAAAACUUGAAACAACAACAAUGCCGAAGGGAGCAGUUUACACAAGGAUCAGUGUCUGCGUCGUUACCUCCUAGUGCAGUAUCGGGGCGACAAGGUUCCUUGCUUCUUCAAGAAGAAGCAAAUUCAUCCUCUGUUAGCAUAGACUUGGAACCCGCAAUGGGACAGCAAGUGAUGCAGCGUCAAGCUGUCCUCUACGAUGAAACAGAUACUUAUGUACAGUCGAGAUCAGAUGCUAUGCAAAAUAUUGAAUCUACAAUUGUCGAACUUGGAGGAAUCUUUCAACAACUGGCUCACAUGGUCAAAGAACAGGAAGAAAUGGUUGAAAGGAUAGACAGUAACAUUCAAGAUACCGAGUUGAACGUAGAGGCUGCACAUGGUGAAAUUUUAAAAUACUUCCAAUCAGUCACGAACAACCGGUGGCUGAUGAUAAAAAUUUUUGCUGUUCUUAUAUUCUUCUUUAUAUUCUUCGUUGUCUUUGUAGCAUAGGGUCAAAAUCCAUCAAAACUAUAUACUAUUACAAUUAUGUAUAUUAUCUGACCAUUUACUUGUAUUAAGAACUUAUUAAAAAAAAACCAUCUGUUAAACUGACGCGGGAAUAACUUUUUUUCUAUAAAGUAGCUUCAGAGUGAAUAUUGUACCAUAAGCAUUCAAAUUAUAUAUUCACAACUGUUCCGAUUACGAGUAUUAGCGAUUUUUAACAUUUUUUAAAUAAAACUAUUUGCAUCCAUAGGUAUGUAUGUCAUCAAACUAUACCGUACAUAGUCGAAAUUAGGACAUAUUCAAUUAAAUAAUCAUAUGAUAGUUAAUUGAAUUGUAUUAUCUUCGAAUAGCUAUAUUUGUACGGUGUAGUUGACAAUAUUAUAGUUUUACCGUAAUCACCUAGUAAGAGAAUAAUCUUUUCGAGCUUCUAAUGUUGAAAAUUCUUGCAAUAUUAAUUUAUCUAUGUUAACUUUGAUUCAAUGUCGUUUAACACGGCCAAUUCGUGAACUGAAUUUUUAUGCAUCCCCAUCUAAUAAUUGUAUCGAAUGAAAUACAAGUUAUUGAGGCCUGGACCAAUUGUGUGAACUGGUAUAGUCAUAAGACUGCCCUUGACACUUGACCGCAAUUCGUAUAGGAUUACUUGCGGUUCAUGUGUCCCAUUGUGGAUAUAACAAGUAGCAACAGUUAAUCGCAAUAAAAUAUUACACACAGAAUAGUAUCUAUUCUUGCCUAGCUGGGUGCCUUAUAUGUAUAUUCUAAAGGAGUGGCAGUACAACUUUAUACGGCAACACAAUCGAUCUUGGCUUUUACAAUAGUAAUGAAUAAGGAAUGAAGUGCGCCUUCAUUUCACAAACUGCAUAACUGCAAUUCUGGUAUUGGCAACUUAAACUAUUGUAUCACUAGAUUGUGGUUUACGCGAGUGAAUAGGCUGGUUAUAUUUGUAUAAAGAUGUUUAGGCAAAGGUUGAUAGAAAAAUAAAAUUAAAAUAAUACAUUAUAUAUAAAGUUAACGCACUUUAUGACAUUCCUCAGUACCGUAGUAAUUUCGCUCAGCAGCUAUUACUUAUUUUAUUCAAACUUGGAAUUGAGAUUUCAUUUCUAACGAUACACGAUCAAGAUUGAAGUUUUAUAGAGAUAUAAUAGUAACUUUCUCGAAAUUAUUUUUUAUAGAUUUAAACUCGACUAGACAAAUUAAAUCCAUAUGUUAAUUUGUAAAAUGUUGACAGUAAAUUUAAAAAAUACAUUUAAUAAAUGAUCGUUUUAUGAGAAUAAUUAUCCCAGACUUCAGUCAAAUAUGAAGCCAUAACUCGCGAGUAAUAAUAAAUUACAAUUUAUUUUGAUUCGUUAAAAUCAUAAAUGUACAUUUCACAGUGUGAUUGUUAUACUAAAUAUUACAAAUUUUUUUCAACAUGAUUUCAAUAAUCACAAUUUAUUUUUAUACAAAUGUUCAUCAUAUCUCUAUGCAUAUAUAUAAAUAUGUAUACCUGCAUUCCUUUGAAACGUUCGACUAUAACAUUAUCUGAAACCAUGUAGUGUAAGCUAUUUUGUAUUUCCGCAAAAACUCUUACUUGAAGUGAUUUGGUAUUAAUACGUCAGCAAGUACGAAUUUUGCUACAUUCGAAUUUCAUCAAAAUCAGACGAAAAUUUUCGAACGUUGCUACAUCCAAGCUAGCGAUAAGUUUUUCAAAGUAUUGAUAAUGCAUCAUUCAAAUUUGAACUAGCAUCAUUUUAUAAAACGGAAGGAAAUGUAUGGAAUGAAAUAUUAAACGUAUUUCUGGUUCCAGAUAACACAAAAGGCUUAGGCUUUUCCAGUAUGAUUUGAUUUGUCCAGGGAGUCUCCAGAAGAAUGUAACGAGCCUACAAAUAAAAUAACAAUUUAUACAUAAAGAAUAAUUAACAU